AUGUCGGCAACCACAGCCCCCACCACGUCUCCCUCACCCUGGGCCAACAAAUACCGCGGCGCCACAGUAGAAGACCUCGACCCACCCCCAGCCCUCUCCACCUCACCCCUCUCCCCCAUCUCCUCAGCCCUAACCGCCGCCUACGAACGCGACUACACCCACCUGACAGUCCUCGACCCUUCGACCAAAACCCUCCUAGGCUACGUCUCGGCCCCACAUCUCCAAUCCCUGCUCCAAAGCCACAAACUCGCCGAUCAGGAUCCCGUCAGCUCUGCCAUGGUGAAAUUCCAACGAAAGGGAAGGGCGUAUAGGACGAUUACUAUGGAGACGCCGCUGGAGGAAUUGGAGGAGUUUUUUGAGGGGGGAGGAGGAGGGAAUGGAAAGCAGGAUUUCGCGGUUGUGACGGAUCCUGCGAGGAGGUUUGUUUUGGGGGUUGUUACGAGGGGGGAUUUGGAGAGGUUUGUGGAGAGGAGGCCGGCUUGA